AUGUCUUGCCUGGAAAUCCAAAAGGGCAUCUGUGAGCUCAGCGUGGUUGCCUGGCUCCUGCAGUCAGAGCCAAGACCCUGGAAGUGGGUUUCCACCUUCCUUGGGUCUGAAGAGCUUCACAGUCUCUUCAUCUCCUUGCAGCCCAUAAAACUAGACAAAGGGGAGGAACGUCACAUCCAAUUUAACCCGGCUUAUGAAAAGGAUUUGAAUAGCUGGGUAGCAGAGAAGACACUGAACGUGGAGUUCAUGGAGCAUCCCCAUGAGGAGCAGAUCACCAUUCGGGGAGAAGUCCACUUCCCAAACCUCCAUAUCCUGCCCAAGGCCCUGGACUUUGGCUACCUCAUAAAUGGCACUGAACAAGUGGAUUGUGUGGCAAUGACCAAUUGCAGCCCAAUCCCUGUCCACUACCACUGGUCCUUCCAGGUGAACACCAUAAGGCUGGUGCGAGAGUUUGUGGCUCAGAACAACACAUCUCAAAUCAAACACGUCAUCCAGAUCCUGUCACAGGAGUUUGCACUCUCCCAGCACCCCCACAGCCGGAAAGGGGGGCUCAUUGGCCUGGCAGCCUGCUCCAUCGCCCUGGGCAAGGACUCUGGGCUGUACCUGAAGGAGCUGAUUGAGCCAGUGCUGACGUGUUUCAAUGACGCCGACAGUCGCCUGCGGUACUACGCCUGCGAGGCUCUCUACAACAUCGUCAAGGUGGCCAGAGGCUCUGUCCUCCCGCACUUCAAUGUGCUCUUUGAUGGCCUCAGCAAGCUGGCUGCUGAUCCUGACCCAAACGUCAAAAGCGGCUCCGAGCUCCUCGAUCGGCUCCUCAAGGAUAUCGUGACAGAGAGCAACCAGUUUGACCUGGUGGGCUUCAUCCCACUGCUGCGUGAGAGGAUUUACUCCAACAACCAGUAUGCCCGCCAGUUCAUCAUAUCCUGGAUCCUAGUCUUGGAGUCUGUGCCUGACAUCAACCUCUUGGAUUACCUGCCAGAAAUCCUGGACGGGCUCUUCCAGAUCCUGGGAGACAACAACAAGGAGAUACGGAAAAUGUGCGAGAUGGCUCUUGGGGAAUUCCUCAAGGAGAUCAAGAAGAAUCCCUCCAGUGUCAAGUUUGCAGAAAUGGCCAAUAUCCUGGUGAUCCACUGCCAGGCAGCGGAUGACCUGAUCCAGCUUACAGCCAUGUGCUGGAUGAGGGAGUUCAUCCAGCUGGCUGGCCGGGUGAUGCUGCCCUACUCCUCAGGGAUCCUGACCGCGGUCCUGCCGUGUCUCUCCUACGAUGAUCGCAAGAAGAACAUCAAGGAGGUGGCAAACGUGUGCAACCAGAGCCUGAUGAAGCUGGUCAUCCCAGAGGAUGAUGAAAUGGAUGAGGCCAAACAGUCGAUAGACAUACCAAAGGAGCCCACCCCGGAGGAGUCCCUCUCCAAGCCAGAGGCAGCAUCCAGCGGGUCUUUGGAUGCAUCUGGUGACUCCAGCAACAGCAGUGUCUUCACAGUGACCAGCUGUGAGAGGAUCCAGGUGACCCUGAACCUGGAUGGAAUAGUUCAGGUGCUGGACUGCCACCUUCACGACACAUCCAUUGGGAUGAUGACCAGAAUUGCAGUCCUGAAAUGGCUCUACCACUUGUACAUCAAGACUCCUCGUAAGAUGUUCCGGCACACCGACAGCCUCUUCCCCAUCCUGCUACGGACCCUCUCAGAUGAGUCGGAUGAGGUUAUCCUGAAGGACCUGGAGCUGCUGGCUGAGAUUGCUUCUUCCCCAGCGGGACAGACGGAGGAGGGUCACGGUCCCUCGGAUGGCCCUGAUGUGCGACCCGGCCCAGCGGAGCUUCACAUCCCAGCCAGGGCUGGCCAGCUGAGCUCCUCUAGUAUGAAAGGCUUGGAGUGCUCACCCUCCACCCCCACCAUGAACUCCUACUUCUACAAGUUCAUGAUCAACCUGCUCAAGCGCUUCAGCAGCGAACGGAAACUCCUGGAGACCAGAGGAGCCUUCAUCAUCAGGCAGCUUUGUCUACUCCUGAAUGCAGAAAACAUCUUCCACUCCAUGGCAGACAUCCUGCUUCGGGAGGAGAACCUCAAGUUCGCCUCUACCAUGGUCCACACCCUCAACACCAUUCUGCUGACGUCCUCCGAGCUCUUCCAGCUGAGAAACCAAUUGAAGGACCUGAAGACCCCGGAAAGCCGUAACCUCUUCUGCUGCCUGUACCGGUCCUGGUGUCACAACCCUGUGACAACUGUGUCCCUCUGCUUCCUUACCCAGAACUACAAGCAUGCCUACGACCUCAUCCAGAAAUUCGGGGACCUGGAGGUCACUGUGGAUUUCCUCACUGAAGUGGACAAGCUGGUGCAGCUCAUCGAGUGCCCCAUAUUCACAUAUCUCCGCCUGCAGCUGCUGGACGUGAAGAACAACCCCUACCUGAUCAAGGCUCUCUAUGGGCUGCUGAUGCUGCUGCCCCAGAGCAGUGCCUUCCAGCUCCUGUCCCACCGCCUGCAGUGCGUGCCCAACCCCGAGCUCAUGCAGACCACGGACAACACCAAACCCAGUACCAGCUUCAAGAGAACAACAGCCUCCAACAUCGACUACACGGAGCUGCUGCAACACUUUGAGAAGGUCCAAAACAAGCACCUGGAAGCAAGACACCAGCGAGCCGGGCGGGCAGAGCAGCUGGACCGGCGGGUGGUCCUCUGAGCAUCCCAGAGGCCACCGAGGGUGUGCACAGUUGCUGGGGCUGGGACCAGGGGACACGGACCAGGGAACGGGCACACCGGUUGCUGGCCGCCGGAGGAUCUGGUGGGUUUCAUGGAGAUGGGCAGGCGCUCAGCACCGGGCUGGUUUUCCCCCCCACUGUGCAUGUGGAUGAUGGGGGACCCUCAGGCUGUGCCCGACUUCUCCCGUGGGUGUUGUGGGGACGUGGGGAAGGGUUGCAGGAGGAGAGGGCCAGGGUAAAGCACCUCAUCUUCUCUUGCAAUGGGGCGAGGAAACUCCCCUUUGCUUUGCUAAUGCCUUCCCCGUGACUGUCAGCUGAGAGCCCAGCCUGCUGCCAGCAGCACCGGAGGAGGGGAAGACGGGAGCAACCCCUGGCCUCCCGCCCUGGAAAACAAGCACGCAGGGCUGCCAGCACCUCUCGCCACCCCGACUUCCACUCUCUGGCUCCAAGGGCCUGCUGGAGGUCACCGGUGGCAUCUCACUCGGGGAGCCACUCCUGUGCGUGACACUCAGCCCCCUCCCUGCACUCACGCACCCUCCCUGAGCUCCUGGCUCUUGGCAGGGACAGCGGCACAGCCUCAACUCCCAGCCAGCACCGGGGGGCACAGGGGGCAGUGGAGACCCCCAUCACACUUAACCCCAGACUCGAUUCCUGCGUUAAGCUCCCCAUGAUAAAAUAAACAAGCAAUGCAGAGCAG